AAACAAAAUAAUCUGUUCUAUAACAUUGGUUACUUUCACUUUCAUUUUAGCGUGAUUUCUGGGUGGAGUGUGUCAAUUAACGGCCGAAGGGAAUUGUAUUUAAAGGGAGCGUGUCAUACCUGAAUCAGAAGCGUCAUCCGUCAUGCCUUCAAUACCUGCAAACGUGCGUGACGCGGUCGGUUUCUGGCACGGGCACGGAUUCCGGAGAGAGACCGCUAGCGGGAACGUGUGGUCAUUUCUUAUUUUGUUUUAUUAUUUUUUUUGUCCAUUUUGUUUUUCUGUGUUAUGAUUUUGAACAUAUGAAAGAAAUAAAUAUCCUGAUGACCUUUAGUCUGGGAUUAUUAUUAUUUGUUGUGUAACAGGUGGUUAUUUUUCUGCUAUCCUGGGUAAAGAUAAUUUUUGACAGGUUUAAUCCUGUCUGGCACCCGAAGGUUUUUUUUUCCCCCCCUUUAAAAUGGUUAUUUUACUUUGGGGGCGGCGACCACCGUUAUAGAGUGGCGCCCAAACAGGGACUUGAAUUGAAACCUACUUGAAACUUGAGCUUUUGAUUUUGACAAUCCCUGUGAACUAUUGAACACUUUUGAGGAAAAAAAAAAAAACGCACACCUCUGAAACAUUGUGAUUUGAAAACUUGAUAUAUAUAUAUAUUUUUUUUUUUUUUGGAAAAUUAGUGAAACAAUGAAAUUGUCUGAAUUAAUCUUGAAAAUUGUUUUUUUUUGUGUAUACUGUGAACGCUAAAUGAACAAUUAGAGGUGUUCUCUCUAAGGUGUCACAGUAAUUGAUAAUUGUUUGAAUAGUGGAAAAUAGUGAAAGCGACUUACUUUGAAUACUUAUUGUUUUUGAUUUACUUGGUGUUUGUGAGAUAAUACUGAUUGAACAGUUGUGAAAUGUUGUAUUUUGUUGUUUAGUAUAAAUAUUUCAGGGACAAACAAACUGAAACACAUCUCAUUUACUGAUAUUUAUUGGUUUUCACAGUCAACAUUCUUGCACUCAAUCACCGCAAUCAUGGCACAUACCCCUCCCUCCCAAUCUACUUUUGUGGAAAUUGAGCCUCCACCAGACAACUCAACUCCAGUAUGGCCGCCUGCACUGUGACCGGGGAUGCCUCUGGAACCACCUCCAUGUGCUCCGGUGUUCUACCAUACCCCCACUCCACUCAGCCCUGUUCAUCCUGGAACCCAUGUGCACAUGUCCUCUCCUGCUCUGGCUGGGAGCACUCCAGUACAAACUCUCACCUGGGCAACACAAGGGGAUAACAUGCAACUUUGCACCUCUUCUGAAGGUGGAACUCAUUCAUCAGUGGCACAACAUGAACUGCCCAACAUUCUACCAACUCCUGGAAGGCAAAUACAAGAAGUCACUGCUCGGGUACAAGGGAACUGGGAUACCUUGUUUGACUUAAUGGCAAGACAAGAAACAAGAGUGAAUGAACUUACCCAGGAAGUGAAAGAUACCUCUUCUCAGCACCAGAGCCAGAUUGCUGAUCUUGCUGCAAAAGUGGAGGAUAACAAAAAUCAAGUUUUAACCCUGUUUACUACCACUAAGCAACAUGAGGAGACUGAAGCAGAUAACCUGACUAAAGCGAUGAAGUUAAUGAUCACGGAAGAACUCCAGAAGGUGGAAUCUACCUUGGUUUCUGAACUACGAUUCAUGGUUGAUCAACUCCAAGCAGAGGUUCAGCAGGACAUCAAAGCUGUUCAAAACACUUUCCAAACAAGCCAUAAUAAGAUAACUUCACAACUCCAACAAUGUGUUACUCAAACUGAUCAAUGUCUCACCGGUUUCAAAGGGUUGAAAAGUGAAGUGGAGAAAGGAUUUCAAAGUGUUAAAAAAAGUGCCGAUCAACAAAAGUUAAGCGUCUUGACGCCACCAGGUCCCAGCACUAUCAGUAUUUCAUCCCAGACAUCUCCUUCUGCUCCAGUGACUCCUUCAACUUCUUCAACCCCUCCGUUAACAUCUGUGGUUAAAAGUGACCAUAUUAAAUUAACCUUCCCCACAUUUGGAAGGCCUUCAGAUGAUGCAGACCCCCUAUUGUACCUAACCAAAUGUCAGGAUUUUUUGGCUAUACAUCCCCUGACAGAUGCAGACAUCCUGGCUACCUUCCGUACUGUCUUGUACGGAACAGCACGAGACUGGUGGGAAGUCAGACGGUCCACCAUAACCACCUGGAAUGAGUUUGAGACUGCAUUUUUAUCUGCUUUCCUUUCUGAGGAUUAUGAGGAUGAACUGGCUGAACGUGUCCGUACUAGGAUUCAAAGAGACACAGAAUCCAUUAGAGACUUCGCGUUUUCUUACAGAGCUCUCUGUAAAAGAUGGAAGGCAGAUUUUACAGAGGGUGAGAUUGUGAAGAUGAUACUUAAGAAUAUUAAGCCAUACCUUGCCAGUCAAUUGCGUAGCAGAGUAAAUACUGUGGAAGAGCUGGUAAAAUUAGGACAUCAACUGGAAAGAGAUUAUGAGCAACAGCUUCGUUAUGAUUGUGGUCGAAUGGGCCCUAAGCAUCAAGCCACAUCACAAAGACCCUACUAA